CUAUCAAAUCAGAUAGACUUUAAUAUAAUCAAAUAAGAUGAACAAUUAUAUUCAAUAUAUUUAGUUAAGUUCAUUAUUUACAAAAUUUGCCACCCCCUACUCUCUUUAUAUCCAUCGUCGAACUGGCACAGAGGAAAGUGAUCCGCCUGAGGAGAACCAGUGCAAGUCGGAGAAGGAGCACUGGACCUGGAGCAGAGAUCCGUUAAAACGGAAACGGAGUAAUUGAAUUGAUUUCAUAUGAUUUGAGCUCGGAUUUGUUACAGCAACCAAAUCAGGCCCGGAAGCCGGGAACUAUACAGUUUAUCUGCAGAUCAGAUUAUCGACGCAGCUUCAUAGCUCCCUUUCAUCUCCAUCUCUGCCAUCUUCGUUUUCCGCCACUCAGUAGUUUUUCUUACAAAAAUAAUAAAGGAAUUUGCAUCGGCUUGGAAACGGGAAAGGGGAACGGCUGUCGGAGUUUAUGAGCUGAGAUAUCACAUUAUGGAUAACAAAAAAGUAGUCGUAUGCGACAAUGGCACUGGGUAUGUCAAGUGUGGCUUUGCGAAUGAGAAUUUCCCCACAUCGGUUUUCCCUUGUGUGGUCGGACGGCCGAUGCUACGAUAUGAAGAAUCCCUUAUGGAGCAAGACAUCAAGGAUACCAUUGUUGGAGAUGCCUGCUUAAAGUUGCGACACCAAUUGGAUAUAUCUUAUCCUGUCAACAAUGGCAUUGUGCAAAACUGGGAUGAUAUGGAACAUGUCUGGGACCAUGCAUUUUUCAAUGAACUGAAGGUUGAUCCAACAGAAUGUAAAAUCUUGCUCACAGAUCCACCUCUCAAUCCAUCGAAAAACCGUGAAAAGAUGGUUGAAACCAUGUUUGAGAAAUACAACUUUGCUGGUCUCUUCAUUCAGAUUCAAGCUGUUCUAACUUUAUAUGCGCAAGGUUUGCUAACAGGACUAGUCAUAGAUUCGGGUGAUGGUGUGACUCAUGUGGUUCCAGUUGUUGAUGGUUAUUCAUUUCCUCAUCUUACAAAAAGAAUGAAUAUAGCUGGGCGUCAUGUAACUUCUUAUCUAGUUGAUUUGCUACUCCGAAGAGGGUAUGCGAUGAAUAGAAGUGCCGAUUUUGAGACUGUCAGAGAUAUUAAAGAAAAGCUCUGCUACAUCAGUUAUGAUUAUAAACGAGAAUAUCAACUGGGUCUUGAGACAACAAUCCUUGUUAAGAAUUACACU